ACCAAAGAAUGUUUUUUUUUAAAAUACAAGCAUUUAUAUUUUUGGGGGGGGGGGUUUUGUGGCAGAGGAACAAAUUAAUAGCUUUUGGUCUUUCCAUUCAAUUCAAUGAAGAAAGAAAACAAAAAGUCUCCAUUUCAAUCACUCUUUUGAAUCAUAAAAGCUCCAUCCAAAUACAUCUGUGUCUGACAGACAUACAAAUGAGAGGUUGAAAGCACACACGAAGGUCUUUGUCAUGUGUCUUCAGAAUGUGUUGUAAGGGUGCGUGGUGAGGAUCGGCACCUGUGUAUUAAAUGACUCAGCAGAACCUUUAUUGGACAGAUGUUCCUUCUCAUGUCCUCACUCCACAAAAGUCAGGACGCGAGACCUCACGCACGCAAAAAUUCUACAACAGGACGACCGAAAGAACAGAGAAAAGCCCAGCGCCAUGCCCCUGAACGUCGGAGACACCGGCUACGGCAGUGUGGCCGACCCGGGCUCGGCCAGCGGGGCCGCCGGCUCCUCGGAGACGGCCGCCCUGCUCGUCCCAGAGUUCGGAGAGGAGGGACAGCAGGAGUGGCGGCCCAUGAGCAAGGAGGAGCUGGAGGAGUCAGCGGGCGGGCCCGGCUGGAGAAGAGUCCGCUGCUACCUGGUGGUGCUCUUCUGGCUGGCGUGGCUGGCCAUGCUGGCUAUCUCCGUGGCCAUCAUCGUCACCAGCCCGCGGCCCGUCGCGACCCCGCUAACUUGGUGGCAGAAGUCGGUCUUUUUACAGCUGCAGUCCGACCUUUUCGCUGGGACGCCUUCUGAGAGCUCAGGGGCCGUCGACGUCCUGUGUGAUCAGCUUCCCUACCUCAAGUCUUUGGGAAUCAGUGCUCUCAUCCUGAAGGGGUUGUUUGAUUCGUCAAACACAACUGAGAGCGGGGAGCGCUCGGGAACGUUGCCGCAGGUUCAGCGUCUGCUUGGCGCGACUGAAAAUGCAGGCCUCAAAGUGGUAUUGGAUGUAUGCGAUGUCCAGCUUUUUGGGGCUCGUGAAGACUUGGAGAGUCAAGUAGCUUGGAACGCCACACAGCGUGCACUUCGUUUCUGGUUGGGUCAAGGCGUGGCAGGAUUCUCCAUGUGUGACACAGAUGCAUCGUAUACAGAAAAGUCUCUGAUGCUGUGGAAAGGGGUCUUGGAGGAGUUCAGUGAAAAAGAUGAAGAAAGGAUUGUUGUGGUCAACCAAACACAAGAGCACCUUCCACCCCUGGUAGUCUCCGGCCAGCAGCUUAACGUCACCUUGGUGGAUGUGGUUCUGAGGUCCGUGCUCCCCGACUCGCCCCGCCUGCUGUCAGCCCGCCAGGUGGCUGAUGCCAUCGAGACUCACCUGCAGACGCCUAAAGACACGUGGCUCGGUUGGAUGGUUGGAGGCAAAGCAUCUUAUGAUUUGAGGAGGCUGCUGUUGGUGUUGCUCAUGACGCUGCCAGGAACACCUGUGGUCCAGUAUGACCAAUUGUACCCCGCACAGGGAGAAAAUGGCAGCGAAUUCUCAGACUUCACCGAUAAAUACAAGUUGAGGCAUUCCAAUGUGGCCCUGUUCAGAUCACUGAGUCACAACCGAGCUCGAGAAGAAGCUCUCGUCUUUGGAAGCUUCACUUUCCUCCCCUUCAAUACUUCCUCCAAUGCCACUCUGUCUUCUCACUCCUCCUCGCCGCCUCUCCUGGCUUUCCUGCGCUCGUGGGGCUGUGUCCACUUCCUGGUCCUACUCAACGUUGGGUCCGAGCCCCUUGGCCUGGAUCCCACCUGGGCUCCAAGCCUGCCCGAGGCCGGCGUUUUCGUAGCCAGUACGGCGUUGCACCGCCUGGGCGCUGUCAACCUUGACACGCUGGUGCUGCAGCCCUGUGAAGCCGUGGUUGUCAAACUGUUUGAACCUGGAAGCUACUCAUAAUACACACGUGAAUUUAAAAAAAAACGUUUUUGUCAAUGUGAUGGGUGCUAUUGAAUGUAAAAUAAAAGGAUCACAUCAUUA